GCCGGCUGGGGGAUUCGGCCGUGAUGCAGGGCCUGGGGCUGCUGCUCUGCGCCCUGCUGUGUGUGGGGGUCAGUGGGGCCCCGGGCGGGAAUGAGGAGCUGCGGCUCUACGAGAAACUCUUCGCCAACUACGACAAGAACACACGGCCGGUGAUACGCCCCGACGACACGGUGCCCGUGCAGAUAAUGCUCACACUGACCAACCUCAUCUCGCUGAAUGAAAAGGAGGAGACUCUGACCACCAAUGUCUGGAUAAAGUUUGAAUGGGUGGACUAUCGGCUGAAUUAUAGCAACAGUGAGUUCGAAGGGAUCCGCUCCCUGCGCGUCCCCUCCGACAUGGUCUGGCUGCCGGACAUCGUCCUGGAGAACAACAUCGACGGGCAGUUUGAGAUCGCCUACUACGCGAACGUGCUGGUGUACCCUGGGGGGGCCAUGUACUGGCUGCCCCCCGCCAUCUACCGCAGCACCUGUGCCAUCGAAGUCACCUACUUCCCCUUCGACUGGCAGAACUGCUCCCUUGUCUUCCAGUCCCAGACGUACAGCGCCAACGAGGUUGAACUGCAGCUCUCAAUCAAUGAGGAGACGGCCCGUCCCUUUGACGAGAUCGAUAUAGACCCCGCCGCCUUCACAGAGAACGGGGAGUGGGCGAUCCGGCACCGGCCGGCCUGGAAGGUGCUGCACCCGGAGCUGGGCCGGGAGGCACUCGGCUUCCAGGAGAUCCGCUUCUCGCUCAUCAUCCAGCGCAAGCCCCUCUUCUACGUCAUCAACAUCAUCGUGCCCUGCGUGCUCAUCUCCUCCCUCGUCGUGCUGGUCUACUUCCUGCCCGCCCAAGCCGGUGGCCAGAAAUGCACCCUCUCCAUCUCAGUGCUGCUGGCUCAAACUGUCUUCCUCUUCCUCAUCGCCCAAAAAAUCCCAGAGACCUCGCUCAGCGUCCCCCUCAUCGGCAAGUACCUGAUGUUCGUCAUGGGGGUGGCGACGCUGAUCGUGAUGAAUUGUGUCAUUGUGCUGAAUGUUUCCCUGCGAACGCCGAACACCCACUGCAUGUCUGAGCAACUCAAACAUGUGUUCCUAGAGGUGCUGCCACGGUACCUGGGCUCAGCCCUGGAGCCCACGGGGGACCCCUGGGCUGCGCCCCCCACCCGGCGGCGCAGCUCCUUCGCCAUCAUGCUCAAAGCCGAGGAGUACAUCCUCAAGAAGCCACGCAGCGAGAUCCUCUUUGAGCGGCAGGGCCAGCGCCAUGGGCUCAACAGGACCCCCGCCUGUGACGGGGUGGACGUCGGCGUCACCAGCACCUUGUACAAGAACCUGGCCAGCGCAGCCCCUGAGAUCCGGGCGUGCGUGGAGGCCUGCAACUUCAUCACAGAGACCAUGAGAGAGCAGAAUGCCAGCAGCGCGGAGAUGGAGAACUGGGUGCUGGUCGGGAAGGUGAUUGACAAGCUGUGCUUCUGUGCCGCCAUCCUGCUCUUCACUAUCGGCACCCUCGGCAUUUUCCUCAUGGGGCAUUUCAACCAGGUGCCAGACAACCCCUUCCCCCUGCAGCCGGACCCGUAGCCGGGACCCGGCCCUGCCCUCACCCGCAGGGGUAUCGACACACAAUGAAGUAGCCAUGCGGGCGAGUGUGAUGUCUGGAUGGGAGCCCCCUGCCCCACAGCACCCCCUAGCAGCUUGUCCCAGGGCCAAACAUACCCUGGGGAAGUCACUCGACUUUUACCCACUGCCCCAUCCCAAGCAGCUGCAGGCACCGCUACAGAGCUGGGCUCAGAAAUGCUGCUGGUACGGGGGAGGGACGCCCCACCCCAGACGCAUCUCAGCACUGGGCGAGGGAUCUCUGUAUAAACAGCUGCCCCGUCCCGCCCCAGACACAGAAGCAUCUCAGCACUGGAUCCCUGUAUAAACAGCCGCCUCCCACACCAGACACAAACGCAUGUCAGCACCGGGCGAGGGAUCCCUGUAUAAGCCCCACCCCAGACACGGACGCAUCUCGGCACUACAUGAGGGAUCCCUGUAUGACCAGCCCCCCACAUCCCACCCCAGAGGCAGCUGCAUCUCAGCCCUAUGACUCUCCCCUCCAGACCAGCAAGGAGAUUCUGGGGAUACGGCUCUUUGGAAGUAGCUCUAGUCACAGCACCUGCUGGGCUAGUGUAGAUGGGCCCUGUGGCUUCCUUGCUCCCAACUCCAGAGCAGGCCGCCCCACAUCUGGUCCCACCUCACGUGGCUGGCACCCUGGGUGUGUGAGAUGAACGUGAUCACACACCAGCUCAGUCAGCUGCUCCGG